GAAAGAAAAGAGGGGGGGUGGAGGAUGUCUGGUGAAUCCUACUCCUCUCUCCGGCCUUUUAGACUAGGGAUUUCCCCCUCGAGAUUUGUUUUUUGCUCCCCCCCUGUGUGCACAGACUCGCGAACCCCUCAUGGCCAACUCGAAAGAACAGAUCCUGAAGCGUUUAGGCAUAUCCGAAGGCGUAUACUCUCAAAUUCGUGUCAGUAAAGCCAUUUUUUCUUUACCGGCAUCCUUCUUCCAACAUAAAGAGAACACCCAUCACCAAGACUCUCCCCCUCUCCUCUCGAGAUCAAGAGGUUGCGAUAAACGGCUCGGACUGAUUUGAGUGAAUGUGUUGCGUUGUUUAGGAAUUUUUGCGAAAGAACGUUGAUUGGGCGGCAUUUGCUGGCGGUUACGAGGGGUUCACCGCUCUGCCCGAAGAAAAUCUGGCCGAAUUGAAAAGAAAACUUAUUGAAAAAUUUCCCGCGCUUGAUGGUAAAGAUGAGGAGAUUACGUGGAUUAUCAAGAGACGAUAUAGGAACCACCAAACCAUCAAAAAGCGUAAAGAGAGACGGAACAAAAGAACCCGCGCUUGUUGCCAUUCUCCUCUACCUCCCACAAGUGACGCAUUCCCUUUUCGUGCCAUCUCCAUUCGUGUCUUUUUGUUUGGCAAUAAAUGAUAGAGCAAAAAGGAAACUAAUCAUUAGGCGGUGUUGGUUGAUUGUAGGCCCCGCCAGUAGUAACGGUGACCGAAAAUUGGACCAAGAAAACCUCUGCUCGUUGAGGGUCGACGAAUCGAGGACUAUUCAUCACGUCGACAUCGAUAAGAGGAGAUUUUUUAGUAUCCGUUUCCUGCUGAAUCCGAUAUGAUUUGUAUCUUUAGACUAGCUUUUUGUUUUUGGUAGGUUUACCCCCUGUGUUUGCCAAAGAUUAUCCACUUCUUGUGAGUAUAAAUGCUAAAUUCCCCGAUCGACUCAGCAGGCCCUUGGGACUAGUUUAUACUGAUCGUCAAGACGGAGUAUUUGGGAGUAUCGGAGGGAUCACGAAGUCAAUGAAAUCAAUGAUCUGCCAUAUCUAUAGCGUGCAUAAGUCGACAGUAUAGUUAGCUUUUCUAACCCGGUCACUAGGCGGGUUACCCCCCCACCUCCCUACCGUUCAUCUCGGGAAGGGAAAGAGGGGCGCGGGAUCAAGGAGGGAGCAUAUCUUUAUGAAUCCUGAAUCUUCUCAAGAUUGAGUAACUGGUGGUUCUGAUGUGUUGGUAAAUACACAACGCAUUGAUCGCCCAUAGAUAGAUACCCGACCCAAUGCAGCCACUUCAUCUACAGCCUUAUGGGGUAGACUUGAAGGCUCGGCCAAAUUCAAGCUAUUUCCUAUCUCC